AUGGCUUCGUUCAAAGAACCUUCCUCCACCCUCUCGCGGCCCGUUAGCCAUAUCACCCCCCCCCUCAGUCAAUCCAAUGGCCGUCACCACUCCCAUUCCGUCUCCCUCGGUGCCGUCAACAUCAACCACCGCAUCACCCGCCGGAAAAGCAUGUCCUCCACCGCCGCCAAUGCUGCUGUUGCCGCUGUGGCCGCAGCCCUAGGCGAAUCCCCAAGUGCCGCUCCCCUCUCCACCUCCCUUCACCGUCGAGGACUGAGUUCGCGAAGAGCCAUCGAAUCCACGUCCGUGGGAGCCUCGUCCGGAUUUAGUUCUUAUCUCUCACGAAAUGGUGCUCAAGAUGCCGGCACUGGCCUGGUACGCAAGAAUUCACCUAAUUCCAUUGAUGAGAAUACGGCGGUGGAAGAUGUUUCCCCCCCUAUGACGGAAGCAGGCGCCGUCGGUGUCAGUAGUAGUAGUAGUGGUGGUGGUGGUGGUAGUUUGAGCGGGAGUGGUGGUAAACCCAUAAGCACGAAGCAGCGGAGUCGUAGAGCCAGUGAAGGUUCCCACUUGGUCAGAGCUGACGGGAAACGUGUUAUGAAUGAGUUGAGAUGUGAUCGGUGUGGAAAAGGGUGGGAACACGACCCAGCAUGGGCCUACACAUCCAAACUCCUUAUCUCAAAACACCAGCAAGUCCAGCUCCUUGAAGCUGCAACUGUCCUGGUCAACAUGAACCCGGAAAACCCAGGAUCAUCAGACCACCAACCCCGCAAUGGAGAAUCGGAUCGCUCCUCCUCCUCCCCAACGGCCUCCGGCAUCUCCGAACUACGGGACGGCGGGAGCUCCACGGAAACCACACCACCCCCAACUGGCGAAGAGGGAAGCUUCUCAGCGAAACUCAGGGACGCACACCAUCAGCACCAGCACCAGAGCUGCACUCCUAAUCGCCAGCACCACUUCAGCACCAGUAGCUUCUCCCGCUCUUUUCAAUCUAUCCGUUCAAGCUCCUUCACCGGCAGCGCCCCCACCUUCUCCCCCUCCCGCUCCCACUUCCGCCAAUCGAGCACAGACACUAGGCCCUCCACAGCAGACCCCAGCGGGCUGCUGGAUGAUGACGAAGCCGGCCUCGCCGCCGCCAUUAAGCUGUGUCAUUUCGGCACACCUCGCACUGGUCCCGUGCCUAUGUCCCCGGAUAUCCCUCCCGUGCCGCCAUUGCCGGCUCGCUUCCUGGAUAGCCAGAGCAUGGGAGUGGGCGCUGGCAACAACAUGGCUGCUGGUAUCACCAAUGACAAAAACAACAAUACCGCUACCAGUAUUUCCGUCAACACGCAUAGCUUCGACAUGCUUGUCAAAGCGGCUAAACAGGAAGCCUCGUCCCCCACGCCUACCGUAUAUAACCCGAUCACUAUGCAUCAGACGCUGUCGUAUCGUGUUUCUGAUGUGCGGGAUGUGAAGAUGGAUGAUGCGUUGCUGGGUUCUCGUAAUUCUACUGGCAGCAGUGGUAUUGGUGGUAAGAAAAAAGCCAAGUCUAUAUCCAUGUCCAUGUCCAACGCGGAGAUGGAUGAUGAUGACUUUGCGCAGGACCAGGGUUCUGUUGUGCCGAUGGAUGAUGAUGACGAUGGGGUUUUUGGGAGGAUGGAGGAGUGA